ACGAGGGGCGGCGGGGGCGCGGCGCGCGGAGCUCAGGCGGCGGCGGGACGACGCGGCGGCGCGGGCGCUCGGCAUGGCUCGCCUGGUGCUGGGUCUGGUGAGCUGCACCUUCUUCCUAGCAGCAAACGGUCUUUAUUCCUCUAGCGAUGAUGUGAUUGAACUAACCCCAUCAAAUUUCAACCGGGAAGUUAUUCAAAGUGAUAAUUUGUGGCUGGUAGAAUUCUAUGCUCCAUGGUGUGGCCACUGCCAGAGGCUGACACCAGAAUGGAAGAAGGUAGCAACUGCAUUAAAAGAUGUUGUCAAAGUUGGUGCAGUGGACGCAGAUAAACAUCAGUCUCUGGGAGGUCAAUAUGGUGUUCAGGGAUUUCCUACCAUUAAGAUUUUUGGAUCCAACAAAAACAGACCAGAAGAUUAUCAGGGGAGCAGAACUGGCGAAGCCAUUGUGGAUGCUGCUCUUGGUGCUCUGCGCCAGCUUGUGAAGGACCGCCUUGGGGGAAGGGGUGGCGGAUACAGUUCUGGAAAACAAGGUAGGAGUGAAAGUUCAAAUAAGAAGGAUGUGAUCGAGCUCACAGAUGACAGCUUCGAUAAGAAUGUCCUCGAUAGUGACGAUGUUUGGAUGGUUGAAUUCUAUGCUCCUUGGUGUGGACACUGCAAAAACCUCGAGCCCGAAUGGGCUGCUGCAGCUACAGAGGUGAAAGAGCAGACGAAGGGAAAAGUGAAGCUUGCAGCUGUGGAUGCCACGGUUAACCAGCUUCUGGCCAGCCGAUACGGGAUUAGGGGGUUUCCUACAAUCAAGAUAUUUCAGAAGGGAGAGUCUCCUAUGGAAUAUGAAGGAGGACGGACACGAUCUGACAUCGUCUCCCGGGCCCUGGAUUUGUUUUCUGAGAAUGCCCCACCCCCUGAGCUGCUUGAGAUCAUCAAUGAGGACAUUGCUAAGAAGACCUGUGAGGAGCAUCAGCUCUGUGUUGUGGCCGUGCUGCCCCACAUUCUGGAUACUGGAGCUGCUGGCAGAAAUUCUUACUUAGAAGUUCUUCUGAAGUUGGCAGACAAAUACAAAAAGAAAAUGUGGGGGUGGCUGUGGACAGAAGCUGGAGCUCAGUCGGAACUUGAAAAUGCAUUGGGGAUUGGAGGGUUUGGCUACCCGGCCAUGGCUGCCAUUAAUGCCCGCAAGAUGAAAUUUGCUCUUCUAAAAGGGUCUUUCAGCGAGCAAGGCAUUAACGAGUUUCUCAGGGAGCUCUCUUUUGGGCGCGGAUCUACAGCUCCUGUCGGAGGUGGGGCUUUCCCCACCAUCAGCACCAGAGAGCCUUGGGAUGGCAAGGAUGGCGAGCUUCCCGUGGAAGACGACAUUGACCUCAGUGACGUGGAGCUGGACGAUUUGGAAAGAGAUGAGCUGUGAGAGGCUUGGCACAGACUUCAGUUUUCUUUUCUUGGGAGCAGAUUUCUCCAGCAGUGAAGGAACAUUCUUCACACUCAGAUGAGUCUACCAGUGGCCUUUUUAACCAAGAAGUAGCACUUGAUUGGUCAUGUGAAAACACUGCAACAGUGAACUUUGCAUCUCAAGAAAACAAUGAAAAAUUCUAUGAAUUGUUGUAGCCAGCGAAUUGGGUUGUCUUAUCAAGUAAUAUUUUGAGGAAAACUGAUGGGCUGUUGACAUACUUUUCCCUCCCUCUGACUGCUGCUUGAAUGUUCUUGGAGGCUGUUUCUUAUAUUAAGUUUUUUAAUGUGAUUCUUUCGUUUGAAUAUUAAUGGCUUUUUUCCAUUAAAAAAUAAAAUAAUAUUUUGGACAAUGCCAAUAAAUGUAUGAACUUAGUGUCCACAUCAUAAAUUCAGAGUCCGAUGUGUAGCCAGUGAAUUAGUAUAAUGAAGGGUUGACCGUGAUGUCCUCUGUCCCCGCACACCUGUGGUCUAGGGGACACCAUCUGGAUGCCUGCCAAGCACAGAUUUCACAUGUGUCCCACGAGGUCAAGCUCCAGCCUCGAGAUGUAAAAUGUACAGCGAGCUUGUAGAAAGAAGGGUGAACAGCAGUGGCCUUCCGCUGAGAGCUGCAUUUCACACACAGGAGUUUGUCUCUCGGCGUUCCUGGUGACCGUUAGGAAAUAGCGCUAAUGAUACAGUGAGCUCGGGAUCUGGAAGGGUCUUCCUCCGCCCUCACAAGAUGGCCAUUAAGACACGAAACAGCAGCAGGCUACCGACUCAACAGGCAGCUCCCGUUUAUGUAAAGCGCAGUUUUGAGUUCUGUUAGAACAUAAGAGACCAUUCAAAGGACUGAGCGUUUCUUUAUUGUAACUUAAAAAAAAUAAAUACAACUGUAACUAA